GGGACUGGGAGCGGGAUGGAGACCGCGGCUGGAGCAGGAGCUGCAGCAGCUGCAGCAGCUGCAGACAUGGUUGAAGAAGACAACAGCACCAGCCUUGAGGCUGGGAUCCCAGGAGAUGCAACCCCCAUGCUGCAGUUUGUGGAGGACAGGAUACACACCACUAUGCUGACUGGAAUUGCAAUUGGAGCUGCAGUGGCACUGCUGUUUAUUGCAGUUGUUGUGUUUGUUGUGUACAGAAGACUGAGACAAUCCAAACAGCUUCAGCCCCACGUGCCCCAGUACAGGUUUCGCAAGAGGGACAAAGUGAUGUUCUAUGGGAGGAAGAUCAUGAGGAAGGUUACAACUCUUCCAAACUCCCUGGUUGGGAACACGGUGCCUCGCCAGAGGAUGCGCAAACGGGCAAAAGUUUUAUCUCUGGCUAAAAGGAUUCUACGUAUUAAGAAGGAAUGUCCAACUCUGCAGAGGAAGGAGCCUCCUCCCUCUUUGCUAGAGGCAGAUCUGACUGAAUUUGAUGUGAAGAAUUCCCAUUUGCCAUCAGAAGUCCUGUACAUGCUUAAAAAUGUCAGGGUCCUUGGGCACUUUGAGAAGCCUCUGUUCCUGGAGCUGUGCAAGCACAUGUUCUUUGUGCAGCUGCACGAGGGCGAGUACAUCUUCCGUCCCGGGCAGCUGGACAACAGCAUCUACGUCGUGCAGGAUGGGAAGCUGGAAGUUUGCAUCCAGGAAAGUGAUGGAACAGAGGUGGUGGUGAAGGAGGUGCUGGCAGGAGACAGUGUCCACAGCCUUCUCAGCAUCCUCGACGUCAUCACGGGCCACCCUGCUCCCUACAAAACAGUCUCGGCCCGAGCAGCCACUCCAUCCACAAUUCUGAGACUUCCAGCAAGUGCCUUCCAAGAUGUGUUCCAAAAAUACCCUGAAACUCUGGUGAGAGUGGUACAGAUCAUCAUGGUGAGGCUGCAGAGGGUGACAUUCCUGGCUUUGCACAACUACCUGGGUCUGACCACGGAGCUCUUCAGCUGUCAGAGCCAGGCCAUCCCACUGGUGUCCGUGACCAGUGUCACAGCUGGAGGAAGCAGCAGCAAAGCUGGGAAAAGACCAGUGUCCAGUGCACUGGAGGAGGAUCGUGGAGAGAAGUUUGAAAGAUCUGGGGAAGGACUGGAAAUGGAUACGUUGAAGAUUUCUGGUGCAGAAAACACAGAGCAUAUUUUCAGGAGAAGCCUUUCAUCACCUCCCUAUGCAGGGUCUGCAGAAGCUUCUAAUAAUUCCAGCGGUGCCAAGUCUGACAUGGACAUGGCCUACGAGAGGGCCCGGGUGCACCUGAGCCCAGAGGACACUGCUGGCAGCCCUGGCACGGCCAAGUCCAUAUUGAAGAAGACUGUGACGGUGACAGAGACUCCUUCAGCAGUUUUCCAUUACAGUGCAGUGCAGGACUCCUGUAACACCAAACAUAUUGAUGCCAUCGUUGAAGCAGCAAAGAAGGACCUCUCAACCCUGAUGAAACUUGAUAAUCCUGCGUUGCUGAACGGCAAAGUGACGCUGCACCAGGUCACUGCUGGCACCGUGCUGUCGAGGCAGGGGGACCAGGAUGUUAAUGUUUGCUUUGUGGUCUCGGGGAUGCUUCAUGUGUACCAGAGGAAGAUUGACUCUGAGGAGGACACUUGUCUGUUCAUAACCCACCCCGGGGAGCUCGUGGGCCAGCUCGCCGUGCUCACUGGGGAGCCACUGAUCUUCACCAUCAAGGCCAACAGAGACUGCAGCUUCCUGUCCAUUUCCAAGUCCCAUUUCUAUGAGAUCAUGCGGGAGCAGCCCAGUGUGGUCCUUGGGGUGGCCCACACUGUUGUGAAAAGAAUGUCCCCCUUUGUCAGGCAAAUUGACUUUGCCCUGGACUGGAUGGAGGUGGAGGCUGGACGAGCUGUUUACAGGCAGGGGGACAAGUCUGACUGCACGUACAUCGUGUUGAACGGGCGCCUUCGCUCCGUCAUCCGGAUGGAAGAUGGGAAAAAGCACCUGACUGGGGAAUACGGCCGAGGGGACUUGAUUGGAGUGGUGGAGGCACUGACCCACCAGCCCAGAGCCACCACGGUGCACGCGGUCAGGGACUCCGAGCUGGCCAAGCUGCCCGAGGGAGCCCUGAUAUCCAUCAAACGCAAGUUCCCGCAGGUUGUGACUCGACUUAUUCACUUGCUGGGAGAGAAGAUCCUUGGCAGUUUGCAGCAGGGAGGUAAGACUCAUUCCUGGACUACUUGGGUGAUGCUUGAGGUGCAACCACAUACAUUUGUUGGUUGUUUCCAUUUUGGCCUCAGUGCUGUGAGUCCUGCCCUGCUGCUCACCAGUGACAACAUCAAACAGAGACUGGGUUCUGCUGCCCUCGACAGCAUCCAUGAGUACAGGCUGACCAGCUGGCUGGGCCAGCAGGAGGACAUCCACCGCAUCGUGCUGUACCAGGCCGACAGCUCCCUGACCCCCUGGACCCAGCGCUGCAUCCGCCAGGCCGACUGCAUCCUCAUCGUGGGGCUGGGGGACCAGGAGCCCACCGUGGGAGAGCUGGAGAGGAUGCUGGAGAACACUGCAGUGAGAGCCCAGAAGCAGCUCAUCCUGCUCCAUAAGGAGGAUGGGCCCCUCCCUUCCCGAACUGUGGAAUGGCUCAACAUGCGGAGCUGGUGUUCUGCUCAUCUCCACCUCCACUGCCCACGCAGAGUCUUCUCCAAAAGGAGUCUGCCCAAGCUGAUAGAGAUGUAUGAACGGGUGUUCCAGAAGCCACCGGACCGUCACUCCGACUUCUCGCGCCUGGCCCGUGUCCUGACCGGGAACGCCAUAGCGCUGGUGCUGGGGGGUGGAGGGGCCAGGGGCUGCUCCCAGGUGGGUGUUAUCAGGGCACUGAUUGAAGCUGGCAUCCCCGUGGACAUGAUUGGAGGGACGUCCAUCGGCGCCUUCAUGAGCGCCCUGUACGCCGAGGAGCGCAGCUACAACCAGAUGAGGAUCAAAGCCCGCCAGUGGGCCAUGGUUAUGAACUCGGUGUUUAAGACUAUUUUAGACCUGACCUAUCCAAUAACCUCUAUGUUUUCUGGAGCAGCUUUUAACAACAGCAUCAACAACAUCUUCAAAGAUAAGCAGAUAGAGGAUCUGUGGAUUCCUUACUUCACCAUCACCACUGACAUCACUGCCUCAGCCAUGAGGGUCCACAGGGAUGGCUCCCUGUGGAGGUAUGUCCGUGCCAGCAUGUCUCUCUCGGGGUACAUGCCCCCCCUGUGUGACCCCAAGGAUGGGCAUCUCCUCAUGGAUGGAGGCUACAUCAACAACCUUCCAGCCGACGUCGCCAGGUCCAUGGGGGCCAAGGUGGUGAUCGCCAUCGACGUGGGCAGCCGCGACGAGACCGACCUGACCAACUACGGCGACUGCCUGUCCGGGUGGUGGCUGCUCUGGAAGAGGUGGAACCCACUGGCUGAGAAAGUCAAGGUGCUGAACAUGGCCGAGAUCCAGACGCGCCUGGCGUACGUGUGCUGCGUGAGGCAGCUGGAGAUGGUGAAGAACAGCGACUACUGCGAGUACAUCCGGCCCCCCAUCGACCGCUACGGCACCCUGGACUUCGGCAAGUUCGACGAGAUCUGUGAAGUGGGAUAUCAGCAUGGGAAAACUGUAUUUAAUGUCUGGUGCAGGAGUGGAGUCCUUGACAAGAUGCUAAAGGACAGGCAAGAGAUCUGCAAGUCCAAAACUGAUAACGUGACCUGUCCCACCACCUCCUUCACAGACCUGGCAGAGAUUGUGUCCCGGAUCGAGCCCGUGAAGGCCCCUGUGGCAGACGACGAGUCAGACUACCAGACUGAGUACGAGGAAGAAAUCCUGGACAACCAGAAGGAUGAUUAUCUGGAUUUCAUAAGCAACCAGGCUGAAGAAGACUCUGACUCGGAUGAAGACAUGCAGCUGAGGAAGCGAAGGACUGUGCCCAGCAUGGAGGGCCAGGCGAGCAGCACGGGGGAGCCAGGAUAGAGCACGGGAGGCUCAGAGCUGCACCCCAUCCUACAGCAGCUGUAUUUAUUUAUUUAAUACUUCACAAAACCAAAACAACGCCUACAUGAAACGAAGCAAGAGCUCAGCCUUCCCCAGCCAGGGCCGGGCUCAGCUGCUGGCACAAAGCACAGCCCGUGCUGUGCCCGGAUCCCUUUGGAGCUCCGGAGAGGGGCGGCUGCCCUGGGCAUCUCCUUCCUACGGGUGCCAGGAGCAGGUUAUUGAUCCCUGAGGCUGGCAGGGGGGCAGGGGGGCAGUUCAAAGCUGCCUUGGUUUUUGCUGCUGUGUUUUAGUCGCUGUUUUUCCUGCGGAGGCCCCAGGAAGGCCGGGGUGUGUCCCCUCCGUGUGCCGAGAAGGCCCCGAGCAGCAGCACUGCAGAAGGGAGGGGUUUGUGGGUCAAAGCGUUGCUUUCUUUUCAUACGAAUCAGGUAACUCUGUAAUUAACUCCUCAGUGACUGCCAGCCACGUACUCGUGAGCAGUGCUCUGACAGGAGCAAAUCUGAAUGUAUUUUCACUUGAAAUCUAAACCUAAGAAAUGAUUGUGAGGGGUGGCCACGGAGCUGCAUCCUCGAGUCACCGGCAGAACAUUUACUGAUGGAUCAUGGAACUGACACUUCUGGGCAACUCUGGAAUCACCACUUGACUGUAUUUGCCCUGUGAAAUAAAGUUAUUUUGCUGGAUUGAAA